GUUCUGAAAGGUCUCCCUCCCAGUGCACAAAGGCAGCUGCUGGAUGAACAGCUACAGCGAGUGAACCAGUGCUGAGAGAGCAGUAAUAAACAAUCUCCAGUAGAGAUACCGAGACACGGACACUCAAGGAAGCCACACAACAAAACUCCGUUACCACGCACGGUUUUACCAGGAUUUUUGACCUUGGUCCGUACUUUUCAGGUUGAACUGAACUGAAGGUUGCUGUCCUGUGGUGAAAACGAUGGAGAAAUCUCCCUCUGCCAUUAGGAAGACAUCACACUUCUUGCGUAACCAGCACACCAGUAAAAAUGACUCUGACGUGGAGGAUAAUAAACCACGGACACAAAGAACUCCUCUGAAAGACAAGUGCUGUCAGACAGAGCACCAUCACCAUGGCUGCUGUGAACCAGCCUAUAUUAUGGAGCCUGGCGAUCCUCCUUUAAUACAGCAGCAACUACAAACAUCGAAAUCUGGCAUUCAGCAAAUCAUUGAGUGCUUCCGAUCAGGAACUGCACAGCUUAAGAAUAUUUUACUGAAGGAAGUGGAUACCAUUUUUGAAUGUAAACUCUGUCGAAGUCUCUUUCGAGGAUUGCCAAACCUGAUCACACACAAGGAGUUCUAUUGCUUUCCCAGGCUAAAGUUGGACAAUGACCCUUCAGCAUCAAAUGAUAAACAGAGUCAAGCCAUAAAAGAUCUUCUGGAAGCCAUAUAUCCAAGAAAGGAGAAGCAGGAAUACGUUGUAAGACUGGAACCAAUAGAGACCAAUCAGAAUGCAGUAUAUCAAUAUGUCGAUGGAAAAGAUGACCAAGAUACAGUGAAUUACAGUUCUCAAACUCCACACCAAGGACAUUUGGAGGAGGCCGGUCCAGAGCAGAACCAUACUGAAGUACCACCAGACACAGAAAUUGUAGAGCCAGUUCCUGUAGAAGACAUUAAAAAGGAGGUUGUUUCUAUGGAAGAUGAUAUAAGAGAACCUAUCCUUUGUCAAGAUGAAACCUUGAGCAGUGAUGCUGUAGAUCAACAGGUUGCUUGCUGCAUCUGUGGAAAAGACUUUAAUACAAGACGCAGUGUUCGUCGUCAUAUAAGGAAAGUUCACAAGAAAAAAAUGGAAGAAUUGAAAAAGAACAUAGAGACGAGGAGGGGGGGUCCAAAUCAGCCAUCUGUCAUGGUGGGUCAUUCAAAGAGUGCAUUGCUUUCAUCAGGCAGAAGCUGUCCUGUUUGUCAAAAAUCAUUUGCUACCAAAGCCAAUGUUCGCAGACAUUUUGACGAAGUUCACAGAGGGUUAAGGAGGGAUUGUAUAACUCCUGACAUUGCUACAAAACCGGGUCAACCACUGUCUCUAGAAACCAAUGGCUCGCCUAAGAAAUCACCUGGCUCUCUGCCGCGCAGACAUAAGUACUCUACUAGGGCCGAGUACAGCCUCACUGCUCGUAAGUGUCUGCUAUGUAAGAGGAAAUACUCAUCACAGUUAAUGCUGAAAAAACACUUGCGAAUAGUCCACAAAAUGACCAAACUGCAGAGAGGUUCAAACGGAAUGACCAACAGCACAGAAAUCAAAGUUAAAGUUGAAACCUCUGAUUUGGCAGAUCACAAUGCAGUGUCACCUGAACCAGAUGUCAGUCAGUCUCCUCCGAAUGACUCAAAGGGCACAGCUCAAGCAGCGGACAAGAGACAUACACCCACAGCACAGAAGAAUAAGGGUAAACAAGAAAGUGACAGUCCAAAGUCAUCCAGUCCUCCUGCAGGAGGUUGCCAACAGAAGGUCAGGAAGCCCAAACUAUCAAUGGGCUUUGACUUCAAGCAGCUGUACUGCAAACUUUGCAAGCGCCAGUUUACCUCCAAACAGAAUUUAACAAAGCACAUUGAUUUGCACACAGAUGGAAACGAGAUCUACAUCAAGUUCUACCGGUGCCCCCUCUGCUUGUACGAGACCCGUCGUAAGAGAGAUGUGAUCAGGCACAUCACAGUGGUGCACAAGAAGUCCUCGCGAUACCUAGCUAAAAUUACUGCCAACUUAGAAAGCAGAGCAGUAAAGAAGCCUGUGGAGGUGGUACUAAACAGUGUAGUUAAGCGGGGCCCUCAGAAGGACGAAGGGAAAAACACGAAUUCAAAGCAAGAUGGCACACCUAGCUCUCAGUCUAGCAGAAAACAUGACACACUUGAAGUAGGCACAGAAGUCAGCUUCACCAAAAACCUCUCCCUGCACAUGUAUAAUAAGUGUGGAAAGGCCUUUGCCAAAAAGACGUAUCUUGAGCAGCAUAAGAAAACCCUUAGGACAAGCGCGUCCAGCUCCCCUGAAGAAAGCAAAACCACAGGUCGUAGUACACGGUCAAAGGCAGUUUUUUAAUACCUCCAACUGAUGUACAGCAUGCUUGCACGGGAUUAAUAAUUGUAAAAUUUACUAGAAAUGAAAACCACUUGCAAUACUGCAGAAAUUUCUACGACAAGAGGAGACAGUGAAGAAAAACAAAUGCAGGCUUUCACAUGUAUACUAAUGGCUUUCAACAAUAAUUUGCUGAAUUAACAUUAAAAUAAUGUGAGGAUUUAAGUAUUUUUAAAUUGAAUGUGUGGAAAUGUUUAAAGUACUUAAUUGCACUAGGCUUUGGGGUCCCACUGCUGUUUUAGGUUAGGGGUUGCUGUAUGUGUAGUAAAUUCAUUAAUCUACAACAGACUGGUUUGGCAACAAGAUCCAAAUUUAAUUUGAUUAAACAUUUCUUUUAAGAGAUGCAGAAUCUCUAGCUCGGAAAAAUAAGUUUAUUUUCUUUUUGAUCCAUUUCCAAUUCUGCAGUAAAAUAGGCCGUAAAGUUUAAAAGUCUGUUAUAUAAAAUGUGUGUGCAUUCUGUAUUGUUUAGCCUGUGGUGACAGCUUUUAUUACCCAAGUAAAGAUGGCUUAAUAAUGCACGAAUGGUGAAGCCACAGGUUUAUUAUGUCAGGCCGUUGUCAUGAGUGUGGUACUACUUACUGAACCACGCAUUAUUUCUUUUCAAGAAAGAAAAAUACUAUACAGACUAAAGACAAAGGAGUCAUUUGUACUGGAGGAAAAAAGUUUUUAUUAUAUCACAGUGGUGAACAUAUGAAAUGUUUUUUUACGUCUGCAUUGCAGGUGAUAACACGAUUUAUCACACAAAUACUAUCGUGUAAUAUAAGACCAGUGGAUUCGUGAGAUACCAAAUGUGUCUCUAAAUGUUAUUGAAGAAAACUUGGAGUUAUGAUACCUUACUCAUUGUGCACACAAUGUAACAUACAGACAGAUUUGUAUGAAAAAUUUACAAGCCUUUAUUUGUCACAAUACCUUUGGUCAGUGUUUUGAAUCUACAAUGAUAUGAUUGACUAGUUCUAAGUUUUGUUCAUGUGUAUUUAUUCAAACUGCUUUUUUUUAAGAUAAUAUGUUUAAAGUUAAAAAGCUUGGGGAAUAAUUAAGCUGGCAGCUUUCCAAAUAUGAGUACAUUCUCUAUGUACUUGUAGGUCAUGGUUUUAGGUGUGCAUGUGUCUGUUAAAUUAUACUAUAGACACAUGCUAUACACAGUACUCUUGUUUUGCUAUCUGUCACAUAUGUUCCAUUAAAUCUCAAUUCAGGAUUUAAAUGUGGUUAAUAACUGAUAGGUAACAUCAUAACAUGCUUGUUUUUGUCAUGAAUUUUACAUCAAAUAUGUAUUUUGAUAACUUGAUCUGUACUCUUCUUGAAUGCUAUGUCUUUUGUAUAAGAAUGGGAAGCACAUGAUUUUGAAUGUUUGUGUAAAUGUACUAUAGUUUGGUAAACUAAAAUUGAUGGGAAACAAACAUCAACAGCACAUUUAGGUACAAAAGGUGUAUUUUUAAUUUAAUAUUAAGCUGUGUACAAAAUCACAUUUUGAGUUCCAUUGUUCAAGUUAACAGUUGACAAAUGCCAUUGUUGUUGGUUGAAGCAGGAUGAUUGCAUAUGCAUAUAUAAGGUAGUUUUCUAAUGACGCACAUUUGAUGUAUAUAACAAAUACUGUACAUGGUGUUUUAAAAACAUCAUUCAUUAAAGUGAUCAUUCUAAAUGUUUUAACAUGAUCAUUCUGCCGUGAUCAUUUUUACAAGUACCUUCUGUUUCAGAAUGCAAAGUAAAUAGCAUAGAUCUUCUACUUGAAAUUGUGGUAGUCUUCCUAACGCUUUGCACUAACAAAACAAUGCAGUGAAUAUGAAACAAAGAGAUAGUAUUGUUGCUAUUACUGUUCAAUUGAAUGUGUAUGAUGCUGGAUAAAUACACUGUAUUUUACUUGUAAUAAA